AAUGUCACUCUUGGAAUUUUUUUUUCUGCAAGGAAAAUGUUUUGAUCCUUGUAUCUCUCGCCCUCUCGUCAGCUUUCCUCUUCCAACUUUCCAAGCUGUGGUGCAGUUCGCAGCACAGAGCCUCGUUGCACCUGGCCGGAGUCACUGACCCGGGACCGGAAGGGACGCAGCCACAACCAGUCCACCACCACCAUUGCAGGAGCUCUCGGUUCACCGCGACACCGUCAGAGAUGGCAGAAGCAGCACUUCUCGCACUGUCAAAGAUUGGGUUCUAUUUAGCAGGAGAAGCAGCCACUUUCAUUGCAACCAAGUUUUCUGAUUUGAUUGAGCUACCAAACACCGUGCAGCGUAUUCGGAGGGAACUUCUGAUGAUGAACAUCUUUAUACGGAAGACAGGUGCAUCAUAUCUCAGUGACGAGCUCCUCAAGGCUUGGAUCACAGAAGUGAGAAUGCUGGCCUACCGUGUUGAGGACAUAAUGGACAACUUUUCAUAUCAUUCUCUUCAAUUCAAGCAAGACCCAAAAGGGAAAAAGUUGGCCAACGGAUUAAGCUAUGGUUUUGUGUUUAGUGGAAUUGCUGGUGAUCUAGCUCAGAUUGAAAAGGAAAUUGAGCAUGUCUCAAAGUUGAAGAAUAUGUGGGUGAAUUCAGUCCACGAGCUUCUCCCCUCUCAAGUCACCAGUGCUGAGCAGCAAUUCCCUCGAUACAGUUCGCCCCAACUUAUAAAGGAUGAAAACCUGGUGGGGUUCAAGGAGGACAGAGAGCUGUUACAGAAAUUGUUGACUCCCAAUGCACCUGUCCACGUGGCUAAUAUACCAGCUCUCAAGGUGGUAUCUUUGUUGGGUAUGGGUGGGAUGGGAAAGACCACACUGCUCACUAGUGUGUAUGAACAGCUGAAAGAUCUCUUUGACAACCAUGCUUGGCUCACUAUCUCACAGACAUACAGAGGUGUGGAUGCUCUGCUGAAGGAGCUGCUAAACAAUGUCAGUGCCUCUGAGCAUACAGUAACAGCUGAUGCUAACAAUGUCGAUCAGAAGGGAGUGACUGUGCCAGUUGAUAUUGAGAUAGGAGACAAGAAGAGGCUGAAACUAGAUGACAUCAACAAGAUGGACGCUUUAGAAUUGAAGAGAAAUUUAAAGAUGGUACUGAAACAUAAGAAAUAUAUUGUUGUAUUGGAUGAUGUUUGGGAUCGUCGAGUUUACGAUGGAAUAAGCGAUGUGUUCGAGGAUUCUGGGAAGGAAAGUCGUAUUGUCAUCACAACAAGGAAACAUGAUGUGGCUGCUCUUGCCACACCAGGUUAUCUGCUCAAGCUAAAUCCAUUAGACAUCAAGGAUGCACUCCAGCUCUUCUGUACGAAGGCUUUCCCUAACAAAAACCACUUUGAUUGGACAUCAGAGCUUCUUGAGCAUGCUAAUGACAUUAUAAAGAGGUCUGAGGGUCUUCCAUUAGAAAAGUGUCCACAUGAGCUUCAAGAGCUGGCUACUCACAUUGUAACAAGAUGUGAGGGCUCCACACUGGUAAUGUGUCCAUCUGAACUUCAGGAGCUUGCUACUGAUACUGUAAAGAAAAUUAAGAGCUUGUCACUGUCAAUGUACCCAUCGGAGCUUCAGGAUCUAGCUACUGUAAUUGUAAAACGAUGUGAGGAUUUACCUCUGGUGAAGUGUCCAUCAGAGCUUCAGGAGAUUGCUACUGAUAUUGUAAAGAAAUGUAGGGGUUUGCCGCUGGCUAUUGUAUCAGUAGGCAGUUUGUUGUCUUCAAGGAAGCAAAUAGAGCCAGUUUGGAGACAGAUGUACAAUGAGCUUCCUUGUGAACUGGAAAAGGAUGAUCAGGUUCGAGGAAUUCUGAAUCUUAGCUACUAUGACUUGCCUAGUGACCUCCGAAACUGCUUCUUGUACUGCAGCUUGUUUCCCGAAGAUUACCAUUUUUCAAAGGAGGACCUUGUGCGACUUUGGGUUGCUGAAGGAUUUGUAGAAAGGAAAGGGGACAGCACUCCUGAGGAGGUAGCAGAGGGCUAUCUCACAGAGCUGAUCCAUCGAAAUAUGCUGCAACUAGUGGAAAAUGAUGAGCUUGGAAGGGUGAAUACGUGCAAAAUGCAUGACAUUUUAAGGGAAUUAGCCCUUUCAAUCUCUAAAGCGGAAAUGUUUGGCACAGUGAAUGAUUUUGGUGCAAUGGUGCAGAUGGACACAGGUGUUCGUCGCAUAUCUUCAUAUGGAUGGAAGAAGAUGAAAAAGAAUAAAUCCAAUAUGAAAUUUCCACACCUCCGAACCCUGAUGGCAAGUGAUACCAUUGUAGACUAUGUACCAUCAAUACUAUCUGAAUCCAAGUACCUUACUGUCCUUGAACUCCAGAACUCCGAUUUCCAGGAACUGCCUGCAUCUAUAGGGAACCUGUUUAACCUGAAAUACAUUGGCCUAAGAAAUACAAGAAUAACAUCACUGCCGAACUCCAUUAAGAAUCUCUCCAAUCUUCAAACUCUUGAUGUCAAAUCAACAAGUAUAAAAGCUCUGCCACCUGGGAUAGCGAAUCUCACUAAGCUAAGGCACCUUAUUGCUGACAAACUUGCUGAUGAGAACCAGUCAGAAUUUCGGUACUUUGUCGGAGUGGAAGCUCCUGAAGGGCUUUCUAACCUUGAAGAUUUGCAGACUCUUCAGACUGUGCAAGCAAGCAAGGACCUGACAAAGCAACUUGAUAAGCUUUUGCAACUAAGAAGCCUAUGGAUAGAUAACAUCACUGCCUCCCAUUGUGGUGAGCUUUUUGCUACCUUGUCGACUAUGCCACUUCUUUCCAGUUUGCUUCUAUCCGCGGGUGAUGAGAAUGAGACACUUUCCUUGAAAGAUUUCAAUCCGAUAUGCACGAAGCUCCACAAGCUAAUUGUAAGAGGAUGUUGGGCUCUAGGGACAAAACAUUGCCUGAUACUUCAGAACCAUGGCAAAUAUCUCAAGUAUCUGGCCCUAAGCAGGUGCCAUUUUGUAGAAGAUCCACUGGUGGUUCUUGCAUCUUGUGUGCCGAACCUCACAUACCUGAGACUUAACAAUAUACAUAGUCCACAUACAACAUUGGUACUUUCAGCAGGAUCCUUCCCACACCUGAACACGCUAGUUUUAAUGGACAUGAAUGAUGUCAGCCUUCUGACAAUUACAGAUGGCGCACUUCCUGGCAUAGAAUGUCUAUAUAUCACAUCAUUGCCACAAUUGCAGACAGUUCCUCAAGGCCUCAGAUCCCUUGGCUCCUUGAAAAAACUCUGGCUGCUGGGUCUCCACAGGAACUUCAAGGCUCAAUGGGACAUCGAUGGAAUGCAGAAGUAUCUACAGCAUGUUCCGGAGAUACGGGUCUAGUAACAGAAGCUUUCUUUGUGUUUGUCAAAUGUUCUUUCUGUUUCAGUGGUAAAAGCAGGCCUGGAUGCAAUUGUGUACAUUACAAAAUCUGUCAAGUUUGGAGUUAAACAUUAGGGAUAGCUGCAUUUUUCAAUCCGGUUCAUUUGUCAGAUGUCAUUUCUUAAAUGGUAAUUCCUGAAACAUGGUUUUCUAUUGGUGCUUUUAGGAUGCAAUCUAGAUUUACCAGUAUGGCUGUUCCUUUUUCUAGUUAUCUUAGGCAUCAGUUCAUUUAAGAACAUUGCCUCACUGGAUUUGUAUGUUAUCACUACUGUGUACUGUGUCAGCUAAGAUUUUCUUGCUUUACAAAUUUGUAUACUUCGUCCAUACCCAAGUUGUCUUGAAAUCUGUAUGCUAUCUUUAUUA